AUGGCCGCUCCCAGCAACGCAGAGGCACUGAUACCUCAGUUCAAGUUCGAAAAACUUCUCAACCAAGACCAAGCCGGCCGCCGCAUCGUCCUACAAGGCACAAUCGCAGACCAACCAGCCCUCCUCCUCGCCGAGCGCGCCGCCUUUGACGCAGACGAAUCACACCUGUCCAACUUCAGUAGCUCGCUGUCACAUAUCCAGAACCUCGGCGACAAUGACAUCUAUCGCUGGUACAUGGCCCACAGCGGCUCUGCCCAGGGACAACCUCCAGACCUGAAGAUCAACCUCAUCUACCCAUGCACCGACCAACACCUCAAGAAAUAUGCCGCACAAGCUGUUCGCCAUGUCACCGAGACUGCCGACAUCUAUCGCCAUCACGUUCGUCCCUACAUGCAGGCAAAACGCGAUCAAGGCCGACUGAACUGGGUUUUCAACAUUCUUGAUGGACGCACCGAGCAACAAGACGUUCUGUUCCGCUCGCCGCACGAUACAACUCCCGAUGAUGAAAGAUAUCUGUUGCUGCCAGACUUGAACUGGGACCGCAAGACGUUGGGAAGCCUACACUUGCUCGCUCUGGUCGAGCGCAGAGAUAUCUGGAGUCUGCGCGAUCUCAAGAAGAAGCAUGUUGCUUGGCUCAGAUCCAUCGUUUCGGAUAUUGCUGCAAACGUCUCUCGUCUGUAUGGCAUAGACGAGGAUAUGCUUAAAUGCUAUGUCCAUUAUCAACCAACCUACUACCACUUCCACAUACACAUUGUCCAUGUGUCGCUCGAAGCAGGUGCUACACAGGUCGUGGGUAAAGCGCUAUCACUCGACAACAUCGUCUCCCAGCUCGCUACCAUGGCCGGAGACGAUGAAGCCGGCAUGGAUAAGGUCGAUCUUUCCUUCACUCUGGGCGAGGCUAGCGAGCUGUGGACACAAGUAUUCCUGCCUCUCAAAGAAAAGCGUUUACAAUAG